AUGACUCCAUCCAUAGCUCUCGAUGCUACCGGCGCAUGUUCAACCUCUCUCUCAUCCAACAAAACCUCCUCACCCCCCGACUCCUUCCAUCAACUCGUCGCAGACCUCUCCCAAAUUCUCGGGCCAUCCUCCGGCCUCACGUCCGCGGACGUAGAUGUGCAACAGCUUCGCUCCUUAAUGGAACGAUACAUCUCCAACGAAGACGAAUGGCGAAAAUACGCAUUUGCAGAUUUAAGCAGAGGCUACACGAGAAAUUUGGUAGAUGAAGGGAACGGGAAGAGUAAUUUGUUAAUUCUCGUCUGGAGUCCAGGAAAAGGCUCGCCCCUCCACGACCACGCAGAUGCGCAUUGUCUCAUGAAAGUCCUCUCGGGAACUCUCUCCGAAACCCAAUACACAUUCCCAUCCACCUCCACUUCCUCCACAUUUUCCCCAUCCGCAUCCCAGCCUUUCAACACUCCCCCCACAAUAAUAAAAACCACAACCUACACCACGAACCAAGUAACCUACAUGUCCGACGAUCUUGGCCUCCACAGAAUAUCCAAUCCCGAUCCCGAGAACGUGGCUGUGAGUUUACAUCUCUACACACCUCCGAAUGCGGCGCGAGAGGGCUGCCAUAUUUUUGAUGAGAAAACGGGAAGGAAAAGCCAUGUUACGCAGUCUAACUUCUACUCGGUGUUUGGGGAACGGGUCAGUGGACAGGUGUAA